AUGAGUUUACCACAAAACUUACCAAAAUUACCACAGAAUUUAAAUUUACAAACACUUCAAGCGCUACCUAAAGAAAAAGUUUUCCUUGGCAUAAGGGCCUUUCAACUUUUACUUCUUAUUGUAUUUAUUAUAGUGGAAAUUGCGCAAGUCGCUACCUACGCUUCUUUUUUUAAAGAUUAUUCUUAUUCGUAUAGUUCUAAAUAUUAUAAAAAUUUAUUCGGGAAUCCAGCUAAAUUAUAUUAUACAAAUACCACAUAUGGUAAAGGAGGUUCGGUAAUAUGGGUAUACAUUGUUGUGCUAAUUACAUUAAUUGGAGUUAUCGGAUAUGCUGCAAUGUUUAAAAAAAAAAUUUGGGAAAAACGAAAAGAAAUUUAUUUUAUGGCAUUCGAUGCUGCCUUUGUAGUUUUAUGGUUUACCGCAGUUCUCACCAAUCUCGUUUUGGUAUACAGAGGAAAAAAGUCUAUAUGUCAUGGCAUUACAUCAUAUUCUGGCAAACUUAAACAUUCCUGUAAUGCUUAUAUUGCUUCCAAUAUACUUGGAUGUAUAGUGUUAAUUUCAUUCGCUUUGGCCACAGCAUUAUCUUGGAAAGUUUAUAAUGAUGAAAAGAAUGGAGCAAAUCCAACAAACCAAUUCGGAAUUGUUGAUAAUAAUAAUAUGAUUG